ACAAGCCACAAAUUCAAAUUGGAAGCGAUUGGGCGGAGAUGAGACCCAACGCGCGUCGGCAACCGAAAGACUCCUUCAUCCUUCCGCCGCCACCCACUCCCGUGGAAUUCCAGCACCGCCAGUUCCACUCCCGCGACUCCGACGCCAGUUUCGCCAGCAGCCGCCCUUCCUCCGUGGGCAUCGGCGGCCGCCCCACCUUCGACCUCUACAAAGACCGUUCGUUCCAGCAAUCAGCCGUCUCCACUAUCAACUCCUUCCUCUCCUCACACAACUUCCCCAUCUCUUUCAAAUCAACGGUCGCUUCCGCCAAAGACAUCCACGAAACCCUUAAAUUCCUCCUCUCCCUCAUCGAAUUCCCCACCUCGAAGUUCGAAGACGAACUCCCUCUCCUCCUCAAACGCCUUUCUUACCCUUUCAAAAUCAACAAAUCGAUCCUCAAAUCCCCCGCAGCCCCUCACCAAUGGCCCUCAGUCCUCGCCCUCAUCCACUGGCUCGUUCAGAUCUCCAAGUUCCAUCUUCACCUCUCUUCCUCCCCCAAACACCACAACGCUCUCUACCAAUACACCCUCAACAGCUACAUGAACUUCAUCCGCGGCGACGACGACGCCGUUGACGAACUCGACCGCAACAUUAGGGACAAGAUCCAGCACGAGAAGGCCAUCGCUGAGGACAAACUCAACGCCGCUAAGCAGAAUGCCGCUGAUUUGGAGGCCGAGUUGGAGCGUCUCCGCUCGGCACCUUCUCAGAAGGAGGUUCUUGAGAAGGAGAAGAAAGUGCUGGAAGACGACGUGAAGAAGUUCCACAAGAUCAUCGAGGAGUUUACGUCGCGAAACGAGCAGGCGGAGAAGGUUCUGGCGGAGAAGGAGAAGCAGUUGGAGGCGAAGGAGGUGGAGAAGGAGAAGAUUUGCGAGGAGAAUGAGGAACUGAAGAAGCGGGUGGAGCUUCAGACAUUUAAUGCGAGGGACGUGGAGAGGAUGAGGAGAGAGUUGCAAGCUGUGGAGAGGGAUACUGCGGAGGCUGAGCUUGCUAGGAAUACCUGGGAGGAGAAGUCCUGGGAUCUUGACACCACUCUCUCCCACAAAAUCAAGGAUCUCGAAGCUCUUGCUUUGGAUUGCAACCAGGCCCUUAAGAGGCUGAAGAUUGGUAAUGGAAUUCAGUAUCAGUUGAAUCCCAAGGGAACUACGCCUGCUGAGAUAAUAGGUUUUGAUCACAAACUCAUAUUGAAGCCCGCACUUGACUCCUUUGCCGAUGACAUCAAGAAAAGUUCUAUGGAAAAAUUGGAGGAGUCAAUUUCAUAUCAGCAAAAGUCCAGCGAAAAUGCUGCGAGGCUUGAGGGGAAGAGAAAUCAGCUUGCAGCAGUGCAAUCACGCAUCGAUGAAAUGGAAGCUCAAAUGAACAUGAUAAAGAUGGAAACACAGGAGUACACAAACAGAUGUUCUGCUGAAGCUCAGAAAGUGUUGGAGGAUGUCCAGCAGGCAGAUCAUGACCUGGACGUUAUGGAAAGAGAGGCAGCUGAGGUUCUCAAGACCUCCGAAUUGAAGUUGCAGGAAACGAUUAUACAAAGUGAAGAAGAAAUUCAAGUGCGUGCUCGUGAACUCUUUCAGUUGAUUGAUUCAGUCUCGAAGUAUAAAGAACACGUGGGGUCCAAAAUUUCAGAAAUGAGGAGGGACCUGUCGGAAACUGCAGCUGCUGUCGCAGAUGCAUAUAGGGGUUCUUUCCCAGUUCAAUUUGGUAAUCCAUAGUCCAUAUUUAUAGUAAAUUUGUUUAGUCCAGUGCAAGGUGACAAUUUGUUCCCCUUUUUCUCUGCCUGUGGUAUUGUCGUUAUUACUGUACAAAUGAUGGUUGUAUCUUGGAGAACAUGGACUCUACCUACUUACCUAAUAUACUCAAUGCCACUC